UCGUGGUCGUCGCAGUCGUCGUGCUCUGGCACAGUGCAUUUUGAGUUUGCGUUUAAUUCAUUUUUCUUCAGUCCACGACGAUUAACCAUGCCGAGCGGUUGGGUGUAUUCGUGAAAGCGGCGUUAUUAAAUUUUAUUGCCAAUACUCUAAUGAAAUGCAAUCAUUAUUCAAGUGAGCCAAUUAAUAUUGCAGAAAAUUGUGAAAUCAAGUGAAGCGCACAAAUAAGUAACGGUUAUUACAAAUGCUUGGCAGAAAUGCGAGUGUGAAAAUUUGCUGGUGCUUUUGUGUGUCGAUUUUGCGAAUGUUGCAUGUGCAGCCAGUAAGCCAAGGAAGCUUAGUAAAAAUUUUCGUGAAUAUUCGUGUAAUUUACUGAAUGAAAUGAACGACAGCGUGUCGAAGUAAAAAAUCGUUAAAGGCGAAAUUGUGCCAAACGAAGCCAAAUAGCCGAAGUUGAAAGGCAAAUAGGCUGGCAGGCUGUUAGGCAGUCCGUUAGCCAGUCAACAAGCUAGUAAAGUAACGCGCUUACUACUUUUCGGGGAAUACGUUUUGCAACACGCUCACGUCGGUGGCGGCAACGGGGUGUUGAGAAUAUUUCACAUCUUUCACCAAAAUAACGGUGCGUGUGUGUUGGUAACUCGAACUUCUAGUGCUAGCGGUUCGCAAGCUAGGCAGUGGUGUUACACAAAUAUCAUACACAAAUUCUAGCAACAGCAACAACUGAGCAAGUGAAAUACCAAAUCGCGUGCUAUUGACCAGCGUCAGCUAUAGCAAAUUAUUAAAGAUUCGCACGCGCUACAACAGCAACAACAACAAACGUAGUUGGUGGUAUGAAUUGGAGUAGACAGAGAGAGACUAUUGCACGCAAGCCAGUGCAGAAACAACAACAAACAUAUCCAAAAGUAUAAACAAUCAUAAUCAAAUGAAAUCAGUUCACACAUAUCCCUUUGAGGUUAGAAACUAAAGCAAACACAUAUCCUGCAUACAUAAAUGAACACUAACGCCCGAAGAACUCAUGCCGCGCGUGAGCCUCGAAGUGAAAUUUAAUAUAUAUAACCAUAUACUUUCGAAGGAGAGUGCAUAAAAAAUGCUUAAAUCCACAUGUCUAACACACCUAAUUGCUGAGAAAGCAACUACAACAACAGCAAACAUGCAAAAACUACAGCAAGAAGAGUGUACCAACUGCCGCAGUAGACGCCGGCAGCAGCGCACAACAACUCCACAACAUCAUCAUCAUCACCACCAAUCCACACGACAGCCGCAAGAACGGCUCAAAUAUCGCGCAACAACCGGACGCCAGCUGCCACCGCUGUGGCCGCUACUCAUCUCCACGCUGCUGCUCACCGGCCAGCCACCUAGCGCGCUGGCCACACGCUUCAACCGCCAAAGUCAGGGGCAUAAUUCGUAUGGCGCCGCAGGUGGCGCCAACAGUCUGCCCUCGCCACACUUUCCUCUCGAUGCCAACACCGUGUACACGAGCAGCGCUGCCGCACCCGGCAAGCAUCACGCCAACAUGAACAAUGAUGUUUACUCGGUGGCCGACAGUCAGGCCAUGACCGAUGAUUAUAUGGCGCAAUUCGGCAAGCCAGCUGCGUCGCCACCACCACCGAUUAUACCGCCAUACCUGACGCACGCCGACAACACGCUAAUCGUGCACCACCAACCGCAGCUGAGUAGCUGUCAGACGGUGUGCGCGUGCAAGUGGAAGGGCGGCAAGCAGACGGUGGAGUGUAUCGAUCGGCAGCUCAUACAGAUACCCGAGAAUAUUGAUCCGUCAACGCAGGUGCUGGACAUGUCGGGCAAUAAGCUGCAGACGCUGUCGAAUGAGAAGUUCAUACGCGCCAACUUGCUGAAUUUGCAGAAGCUCUAUUUGCGCAGCUGUAAAAUUGGUGAAAUCGAACCGGAAACAUUUAAGGGACUAACGAAUCUCGUCGAACUGGACUUGUCGCACAAUUUGCUGGUGGUGGUGCCAUCGCUGGCGCUUAGCUACAUUUCAUCGCUGCGCGAACUGACGCUCGCUUCCAAUCAUAUACACAAGAUCGAGUCGAACUCGUUCGCCAGCACGCCGUCACUGCACAAACUGGAUCUGUCGCACUGCGACAUACAGACCAUAGCACCACUUGCUUUCGAUGGUUUGGAAGGUCUAACAUUGCUACGACUAAAUGGCAACAAGUUGGGUGUUUUGCAGACGCGCACGAUCGAAACUCUGAGCAAGUUGCAUGGCAUUGAGCUCCAUGACAAUCCUUGGCUCUGUGACUGUCGCAUGAGAGAUGCCAAAAUCUGGCUGACACAAAAGAACAUACCAUAUCCGGUUGCGCCUUUAUGUGCAGGUGGGCCUGAACGUGUGAUUGAUCGCACAUUCUCUGAGCUGCAGGUGGAGGACUUUGCUUGUCGUCCAGAAAUGUUGCCUAUCAGCCAUUAUGUGGAGGCAACGAUGGGCGAGAAUGCUUCGGUAGUUUGUCGCGCUAAAGCCAUACCUACAGCCGUUAUAAACUGGUAUUGGAAUGGUAGAUUGCUGUCAAACAAUAGCGCAUUUAGCUCUUAUCAGCGUGUGCAUAUCUACGAGAACGGACACUUUGAAAAACACUCGCGGCUGGUACUCACCAAUGCGCAGGAGACAGACUCCAGUGAGUUUUAUUGUGUGGCGGAGAACCGUGCCGGCACAGCGGAGGCCAACUUCACAUUGCAUGUAAGUAUGCGUGCCGCAGGUAUGGCUUCGCUGGGUAGUGGUCAAAUUGUGGGCCUCAGUGCAGCGUUGGUGGUUUUAAUUGUGUGCAUUUUGCUGGCGGUAAUGUUUCUGCUCAUGCGUGUGAAGCGCCAGCCGUACACCGAAAGCAAAACGCCCAACCACAUGGAAGUGGUGACGAGUGUCAACCAUCAGAACUCCAUAACGAACAAAACGCAGCCCAUUACCGGAAAUGGCAGCAUCGGAGGCGUCGUCAUAGCCAAUGGCGGCAUACCGAACUGUAUCGACACAUCCGGCACACUGGAGCGGAAGGGCAGUGCAGCAAUGUCCGCGAAUGAGGGCGGCUUCGCCAAUCCUGUGCAGAAACCGCCACGCCUCACGGACCUGCCGUACUCGGCCACGGGCUAUGACAACAACGGCAGCGUCUUGUCCACGGCACCAUGCUACUUGUCGCCCACGGCAUCGGCUGGCAACAACCCAGAUCUCAUUAAUGACACCAAACGUUUCGGCAGCGAUGAGUUCGCCGAUUUGAAAAUCCCAGCCAUACUAACUGCUAAUUUGGGCACCGAAUUGGGCAACUCGAGUGGCGAAUACAGUCGCGCUGGUGGUUGUGACUCACUCUAUCCCUCGGGACUGUGGGAACAUACGCCAGCGGGCACCUCCUCCGCGGAUGAUCUCUUCAUGAAACGCUACACCGACAAAACGCCCAUCAUUGAGUCGAACCAACUGUAUGAUCUGCACGAGCGAACCGUAGACUAUUUCAGCAAAACAUUUCCACGCACGCAUUACAACAACUUGCAGCUGGCCGGAGGUUGUGCGUCCACCAACGGCAGUACUGCUGGAGGAGUCGGCGGCAUGAUGCACAAUCCGUCCACAUCAUCGGCAGCGCUGUUGCAUAACUCGAACGGUGGUAUGGGCGGCACGCACUCGACCGCUUCAACAACCACCACCAAUCUCUCAGGCUCAUCCGGCGCUUACGUGGGCAGUGGCUACCCUAAUGACUAUGGCCUACCACUGGUGCCUGGCGCCGAGCAUCAGCACAACCAUCACCUGCAAAUGCAUCCACUACAACAAUUGCAGCAGCAUAUGACGGCAGCAGCGGCGAGCCAACAUGGCAUCGGCGGCAACGGCAGCGGCAGCGGCAACAGCAGCAACCACAGCAGUCCACACUUCAGCAGUCGAACCCUGCCACGCCUACACGAGCACAGCGGCAGUGGCAGCAGCAGCAGCGGCGCUGGACUCAGCAGCUCUAGAUCUUCACCCACACCAGCGACGACCGCCGUGGCGGUGACGGUGACGCAGAAUGGCACAGGGCAAGCACACACCUCCAUAUUACCGAAUGGACAGCCAGUGAAUGCCAAGACAUUACGCGUUUGGCAAAAGGGUGGUGUGCCAGUGCUGCCACCGGUGACGGCUUUGAAGCGUGCUCUGACGAGCAACAGUCGCAACUCGCCGGACGAGGGCUACCAGGAGGGCUGCGGCACUGACGUGUAAAACGAGUCAGCGAUCACCGCAAGCAACAGUGAGACGUUCCUUACAGUAUAGGCGCAAAGGUACUUAGUGGAGAGAGGCGACGACACAAACGUUUCGAUUCGAUUUUAAGUUCUGUAUAUUUUUGUAAACUUAUAAUUUAGUCUUAAGUGAAUUUUCGCACAGCAAACGCGAAGAGAGCGUCAAAUAGUUUGUAAUCCUACUUUCUUUCGAUUAAUUUACUGUCUCAAAAUUAAGAAAAUUAACAAUUUCGCGCAUCCAUACUAAUACAAUUGACUGCAAACGAGGAGAGAAUGAAGUUUAGAUUUUUGUACUGAGCAGCUGCGACCCCCACUCGGCCGUUUGUGACGUUGACGGGGCGCGGAACUGCAUAACUACUACUACUGCAGCGCGCAAGUGGUAAAAAAACGUGAAUGUGAUAGUGUUUGAGUAAUUCAUAACUAAAGAUAAUAAUUGAAAAAUGCGUAGAAGGAUGAUUUCUUUUUUUAUUAUAUGAAAAUAUAUAUUAAAUACACAUAAAUGCAUAAUGAACACAUGGUAAAUGAAUUUCGAAUGCAUAACUACAAGUAUACUUUUAGGGUUAAUGUACAUAAUUAAUAUCACCUAAAAUCAUAAGAGCAGUACAUAGUUAAGUACCAAAUAAAAAAGUAAAAUUAAGUUGCAUUAAACAGAAUCGCAGUGUUUCAAAGUUGUGAGCAAAAUGUAAAUAAACGAAAAUUUAUUUAAAAAAAAUAUAAAAAAAUAUUUGUGAAAAUGAAAAUAUUCAAUGGAAAACACUGUACUAAAAACAAAAUCACCGCAAACUGACUGAAACUGGUGUAUAAAAUUAGCAAACUAAACACUUUGCGCUCGAAUGGAAAUUUAUGUGGCAACUAGUAGCACUCGGCAGUCCAUUGUGCGCGCCUAAAAUGCGGCAAGUGAACUUUUCGGCAAUGUUUGCAAGCAACCAAAGGCAAAAGUAGCGCAAUGUAAGUUGGAAAACAAUUAAUUUUGCAAUCAAAGUACUUUCGUUGCUUCAUUGUUUGCAUUUUAUUUGCAUACUUUUCGAACAAAGUUCUCCAGAUUUCUUCAGUUUUUUUUAUCAUAUUUUUACAUUACAUUACAUUAUAAGUGCGGGGCAGGUCAUUUGUUGUGCGGAGCAAUGAUAAGUGAAAGUGCAUGGAGCUGCUUGGAAAUUAUAAAUUUUUUCAAAGCAGAAUUUCUAACUAUAAUAAUUUUCAGAAUUUUUUCAGAAGUCAAAACUUAAACCUUUUGGUAUAUAUGAUGCUUCCAAGAAAUCCAAACAUACUUAAAAAUUUAUUCUGGAAUGAUUUGCAACUGUGAAACCUUUUGAUCUGAUGAUUUGAGUUUUAAAGCGCGACUAAAGAGAAAAGCAAACCAGAAAAUAUUUCUUUCCUAUAUUCUUCUAAUUUCUGAUCAAUUCAGUACGUUGCAGAAACUAUUUUGCUCUUCUCUAUGCCAAGGUUAGAAGAAUAUCAAGUUUUCACUGAGCUAUUGCAUAAAUUUAAAUAUUUUCAUUUUCUGCAUAAUGACGCAGUUAGUUUAAAGCUUUCAAAUGCUUAAAAUUUAGGAAUUCAUCACUUAAAUAUGACUAAUAAAGGCAAAUAAUAUUUUUUCGAAUUAAAAUUUAGUAACUUAUUCUUCAAAAUUUGCCUAAGCCCUUCUGCUUUGCUUUAUUAUAAAUGAACUUCUUCAAAUCAAUUUUCUUGGUCCUAUUAAAUCUGGUCAAAUGAAGGAUUCGGAAAAUAUAAGGAAUCAUUUCAAUUAAUUUAUAUCUAUGUGAAGUUCUUUUGUGGUCCGAGAAGACUCAGGUGUAGAGAACUCUGUUUACUAUGCUACUAUUUUCAAUAUAUUGCAAUUUGUGAGCUUUCAUUUAUUUUCGUGAUUGAAAAAGGUUUUCGUGAUUUUUUCUUGCAGUUCUCACUUACACUCUACUAUUUGUAUCAUAAUAAAGUAUUACUAUACUACUAAAUAAUAUAGCUUACUUAAAUAAAAAAUAGUUUUUUUUUUGUCAUUUGUCAUGAAAGCUCUAAAGGCUUUAACUUACAUAAAUUUGGUGAAAUUGAGGUUUCGGAAGAUAUAUGAAAUCACUAUAAUUCAGUAUUAUUAACCUUCUAACCGCAUUAGCUUUCAUAUAUGAUAAAGAUAUUUUUUGCCUGAAAGCUCUUUUAUCAUGAAAGCUUCAAAAGCUUUCACUAAUCAUUGGUAACGCGUUUCACUUGACUCUAACUGAACUUUUUAAACACUUACUCAUACACUUUAAAUACUGCUUUGAAUUCCUAUUAAAACUAAGCAGACUAACUGCAGUACACAUCAGCAGAAUGUGAGAAACCCCACAGCAGCAUAACAAAUAGAAAACAGUUAUGUACAGCACGAACAUUAUUCUUAAGUUAGUUACAGCUGCAAACUGCUGAAGUAAAGUAAACAAAUUAAAACUGAUAGUUGACUCUUUUUAUAUUUUUAUACACACACUUUCGUGAGUAAGUACAGUGAUGUAAUUUAAUUAAAGCGAAGUUAGUUUAUUUCAUUUUAUUAAAUAAAUAGUUUCGAAGUUGACGAACAAACAAAGAGGAAAAGUAUGAAAAGUGCGAGCAGUUUUAGAACACAUGUACAUACAAACAUACAUACAUACUGACAAAUGCAUAGAAAAAUCCACUUAAAACAUAACUAGCGACAAAUAUACAUUUGGGCAGGUAAAUAUGCGACCAAAAAAAUCACAAAUUCACACGCAACUGUAUGCUGAUGUUAGAAUGCGAAGUUGAAGUUGUAGCGAAAAGAAUAAAGAAAACAAAAACACACACAAAAAGGGAAGACAAAAUGUAAAAAAUAAAAUAUUUUUAUAGCAUACUUAGUACUUGAACAGAGCUAGUGUAAUAAUAGUAACACAGAACGGCAUAAGUGCGUGCUUCGUGAGAACGCUGAGAAACACAUGUGUGUAGAAAGGAGCUUGAAAGCAGGCAUGUUGAGUUGAGUAUGCCGCCGAACUGAAGAAGCAGCAGCUUAAGUACAGCAAAUGUUAGUUUAGCUUUGUGCGGAUUGUGUUAAAAGCCAGUGGAAAGCACGGGACUCGCGCAGACAACCAACACACACACACGGACACAUAGCAAGAAGAAGAACAAGAUAUGAUAUGGAAACGGCAAGAAUUUAUGGUUCUAGUGCAAGAAAUCGAGCAGAGUUUAGGCAAUAACCGUAAAUAAACGAACGGCAGGCGGACUGCAAAUACACAUACAGCGCAAUAUACAGUUACACAAAUUUGCAUACAAAAAUUUAAAUAAGUUAAAAUAUUAUGAAACAAAUACCCACACAAACAACGACACACACAUACAAUAAAAAGGCAAAAAUUAAAUAAAAAUAAGGAAAAAAAUAUUUCAGUAAAUUCUAAACGGUUUUAACUGUCAGCUGUUGUCGAACUUCCUUGAAAAUUUGUGUACAGUACUAACGAAUAUAAAUGUAUGUAAAGUUGCCCACAAAACACGAAGAGUUUAUGUGUCAUGCGUGCAAAUUAAAGCAGAAACCAUAGAAAAAAUAUAAAAAUCACAGACUAAUGUGCUUAAGCGAAAGCACUGAAAACACUACAAAUGAAAUAAUGAACUAAGUAAUUAUUGUGACUUGAUAAAUACCCCCCCUCAGUGUAUAAAUUCCGAACAAAUGUGUGUGUAAAAUACUAAAAAAAAAAAAAAUAAUAAUAAAAUCACAGAAACAUAUGAAAAAAGACGACGUUCGCUAUUUCUUGCGCUCAAAAGCUGUUUAAGAAGAAAUUAGAGAAAUUACAAUAAUUUAAAAAGUUAAAAAACAAUAUAAAAAACUAAUCCAUAUGCGUUUGUAAAUACUUCAUGUAAUUGCUGUGCUCCCGUUAAAUCGCUCAUUUGUACAUAGAAACAUACAGACAUACGUGCCCAAAUAUAUUUUCAAAAAUCGUACGAAGCAUGUAAGUUCUCUAGUGUUAAGUUUUCGUGUGCUAUCGACGUCAGUUGUAAGUGACCAAUGCGUGGCUCAGUGUCACUGACUAAAUUGUAUUAUACGCAGUAGAACAUUAACGAACGAAAACAAAAAUACAAGCAUACUUUUAUGCGCCAAGAAAUGCAUAAAAGCAUUGCGCCUGAAUGUAGGCAAGGCAAGCAGUUUCGAAACACACAAACAGACAUAUCGACACUUACAUACCAUUAAAGUAGCUGCUGAACUGAGUGGAGGCAGCGAAAUACUAGCAUAGCAAUACACAUACAUAUAUACACACACCUAUACACUCAUAUACACAUACCACAAUCUUAUACCAUUCAUUGCAUAUGUAAGAAACCAUUUACGAACUAAUAAUCUAGUUUAUAGUAGCUGUUUAAGUAUUAUAUUAAAUAUACUUGUAUGUGUAUAUAUAUAUAAAAUACUAAAUAUAUAUAAAAUGAAAGUAAAUGCGAAAUUAAAUAUUAUAUGUAUGUAUUUAUGCAUCUGUAACGUAUUUGUAACUGUAUGGUAAACCAAAGACUUUUUUCUUUGAAAUAAAAACCUAAAACAAUAAGUGAACGAAACAAAAAAAAAAUAAGUAUUUAAGUAUAGUAAGACAGCAUACACAGAAAAACCACACGAGGGAAAUGCGAAAUUAAAUAAAGCAAGAAAAAAACAAAAACAAAAUGAAUUAACGUAUAUAUAUGAGCUGUAAAUCCCAUAUAUAUAUAUAUACAAGAAUAUAUAUAGGAGAAUAUAAAAAAAUAA